GAGACAGCGUGCGCGUGCUGGGUGCGGGGUCGGGAGUCCUCCGUCCUGCUAGGCCACCUUUUGUGACUUGUUGGCCGCGCGCUACGCAGGAAGGACUCUGGGAGACCCUGAAGCCGCGCCAUGGAAGUGGUGACCUUUGAGGAUGUGGCUGUGAACUUCACCUUGGAGGAGUGGGCUUUGCUGGAUCCAUCCCAAAAGAAGCUCUACAGAGAUGUGAUGAGGGAAACUUUUAGGAACAUAGCUGCUAUAGGAAAAGCCUGGGAUAACCAGGAAGUUGAAGAACAAUACAAAAGUUUCUGGAGAAAUCUAAGAAAUAAAGAGGUUAAAAAAUGCUAUCAAAAUAAAGGAUGGAGUCAAUAUGAAGAAAUAUUACUUUGGACUCCAGAUGUUUGUGGAAAUCCCCUGAUUGGGCCUUUGUCAAUAAAUAUGUGCACCAUAGCUAACACAACACUGAAGACAUCUGAAUAUUGGGGAUUAGAAGAGAAGCUGUAUAAGUGUAAUGAACAUGUAAGAUUCUGCAGUGAUUUCCAGUCCUUUCAGAAGAGUAGAAGGACAAAUAAUGGAGAGAAACCCUAUGAAUAUAAUCAGUGUGGGAAAUCCUACUCUGAUCUUAGUGAUAGGACUCACUUUAGAGAAAAAGCCUUUGUGUUUAAGGAAAACUUGAAAACCUCCAACACACCUGAUGAUGUUCAUAUCCAUGAAAGAAAUCACAAUAGAGGGAAACCUUUUGUAUGUAAGCAAUGUGGGAAAGCUUUUAGCACAAAACGUUAUCAUAAAAUACAUGAAAGUACUCACUCUGGGGAGAAACCCUGUGUAUGUAAGCAAUGUGGGAAAGCUUUUAGUACACAAAGUCAUUGUAAAAUACAUGAAAAAAUUCAUAUUGGGGAGAAACCCUACGUAUGUAAGCAAUGUGGGAAAGCUUUUAGGACACAAAGUUAUUGUCAAAAACAUGAAAGAACUCACACUGGGGAGAAACCUUAUGUAUGUAAGCAAUGUGGGAAAGCUUUUAGUACACAAAGUUAUUGUAAGAUACAUGAAAGAACUCACACUGGGGAGAGACCUUAUAUGUGUAAGCAAUGUGGAAAAGCUUUUAGUAAACAUCACAUUUGUAAAAUACAUGAAAGAAUACAUACUGGGGAGAGACCCUAUGUAUGUAUGCAGUGUGGAAAAGCUUUUAGUACACGAAGUUAUUGUAAAAUACAUGAAAGAACUCAUACUGGGGAGAGACCCUAUGUCUGUAAGCAGUGUGGAAAAGCUUUUAGUACACAAGGUCAUUGUAGAAUACAUGAAAGAAUUCACAUUGGGGAGAAGCCCUAUGUGUGUAAGCAAUGUGGUAAAGCAUUCAGUACACAGAGUUAUCAUAAAAAACACGAAAGAACUCACACUGGGGAGAAACCAUAUGUAUGUAGACAAUGUGGGAAAGCUUUUAGUACACAAGGUUAUUGUAAAAUACAUGAAAGAAUUCACACUGGGGAGAGACCUUACAUAUGUAAGCAAUGUGGAAAAGCUUUCAGCAAGCAUGAUACUUGUAAAAUACAUGAAAGAAUUCACACUGGGGAGAAGCCCUAUGUAUGUAAACAGUGUGGAAAAGCUUUCAUUAUGCGUGGUGCUUGUCAAAUACAUGAAAGAACUCAUACUGGGGAGAAGCCCUAUGUAUGUAAACAAUGUGGGAAAGCUUUCAGCAUGCGUGGUGCUUGUCAAAGACAUGAAAGUACUCAUACUGGAGAGAAACCAUAUUUAUGUAAGCAAUGUGGGAAAGCUUUUAGUACACAAGGUUAUUGUAAAAUACAUGAAAAAACACAUACAGGGGAGAAACCUUACAUAUGUAAGCAAUGUGGGAAAGCUUUCAGUAAACAUGAUAAUUGUAAAAUACAUGAAAGAACUCACACUGGGGAGAAACCCUAUGUAUGUAAGCAGUGUGGAAAAGCUUUCAGCAGACACACUUACUGUCAAAUACAUGAAAGAACUCACACUGGGGAGAAACCCUACAUAUGCAAGCAAUGUGGGAAAGCCUUCAGCACGUACAGUGAUUGUCAACGACAUGAAAGAACUCACACUGGAGAGAAGCCCUAUGUUUGUACACAAUGUGGAAAAGCUUUCAGUGCACAUGGUGCUUGUCAAAGACAUGAAAGAACUCAUACUGGGGAGAAACCCUAUGAAUGUAAGCAAUGUAGGAAAGCUUUUAGUACAGCUGGUGAUUAUAAAAGACAUGAAAAAACUCACACUUGACAUUAGUUUUAUGUAUGAAAGCAGUUUGCCAAAGACGAACUCAGAAUGGAAAGAAGCCAUAUGUUUGUAAGCACUAUGGGAAUUACAUAUAUUGUUAAAUAAGUCUCAGUGGGGAGAAACAUGUAUAAUUUGAAAAUCCUGUGAAAAAUUCUUAUGUAGUGCAGACCUGUAGGAAUAAUUAAAAGCUUGAUGUCAGUGGUUCUCCAUAAAAUAUCCAGGAAAUACAAUUGUAGACAGAAAUAUAAUGUAUAUUCAUUAUGUAUCUUUCAGUAAAUCAUAUAAAUUAUGUAUAGUGUUAAAUAUAAAAAUAUUGAGUUGAGAAUUAUUUAUAUGUGUCUUUGACCUUCAUACAUAGUGUCUGAAGUAUGGUGAACUGAAAUGAAUUUUUUGUUUUGAGAUAGAAUUAAUAUUGAGUCUUGGUUGUGUCUUUAUAAUUGGGUAGUGUAGGUCACUAAAAAAGUAUAGUUGAUUGACAUUUUUUUAAAGUUAAGAUUUUACCACUGCCUUUAUUUUAAAUUUUUGGUGUGUAUUCUCUAUUCUGUGUAACAAAAGAUAUUUUUGAAUUUGAUGCCAUGUUUUAUUUUAAGAUACAUAUUUUAAGAGACAUGUGAAUGUGUUUUUGACAAAGUUUGUAUGUUUUCACAGAACCUGUAGAUUUUUUAUUUUUAUUUUUUUUAGGGAAGGGUUUUUUUGGACGAGAAGAAUUGUAGAGUAACAAGUUCUGUUUCUCAUAUGACAAGACACCUGCUUAUAUUCCAACAUUAUAUAUUAUAUCAUGUACAUAAUUUUACCUAUUUCAUACUAGGGCUAAUAGUA